CUAGUUCUUAUAAAAGACCUUCAACCUCCACCCAAAACGCCCCUAACUCAUUUCUCUCUUUUUCUUCUUUCUCUUUCUCUAUUGUCUUUCCUUCCCUCCAUUUCCCUUUCCUCUUUCAAAUCAAAAGCUUAUAUUUACAUCAAUUGUCAUCUUGAGAGUUGAGGCUUGACAACAUGGACAAUAAUCAGCGUGUCCCUCUUCUUAGUUGGGCUUACUUCUACCAAGGAAAGUCAAUGGAGGAGCUGAGACAGUCCCUCCUAUGCACUACUCUGGAGCUUGAACAAACAAGAGCUGCAGUUCAAGAGGAACUAAGAAAAAGGGAUGAUCAACUACUUAAUCUAAAGGAUCUGCUUAACAAAACCUUGAGAGAAAGAGAUGAAGCACAAGAGAAAUGCCAUAGACUUCUCUUGGAGAAGCUCGUUUUUCAUCAGCAGCAGCAACAACAACAACAAACAGGUCCUCUAUCUGGACUUUCUAGCAUUGAAGAUGAACCAAGAAGAGGAAUUGACUCUAACAAUGGCCAUUCAUCAUCAGAUUGUGAAGAAAGCAUUGUUUCUUCUCCUGUUAUUGACCAUUUUCCUCAACCCCAAUUGCCACCACCACAACCACAACCACCAGGUCAAACACCAUUACCAUCCAUGAUUGAACUAACACCAGACAAACCAUUACCAGAAAAGGGUAAGUUUUUACAGGCAGUGAUGAAAGCUGGUCCUCUCCUUCAGACCCUUCUCCUGGCAGGACCUCUUCCUCAAUGGAGACACCCUCCACCACCACUUGAGUCCUUUGAGAUUCCACCUGUCACCAUACCUUCACCACCACCACCACCGCCGCCGCCGCCGCCACCACCACCACUACCACCACAGCUCCUCCGCCAAGAUUCCUUUUUUAACACUAAUGGUAGCAGCAGCACCGCUACUCACUGUGGAAGACUCAGUAGAAAAAGGAUCCUUUGUGAUGGGUCUGAUUCUCCUUCAGAGACCAAGUACCAAAGGGUUGUGCUUCCCUGAUUUCUACUAAGUCAGAUUUACCCACAUAGUUUUUAAUUUAUAUAUCUUGCAAGUUCAUAGGAUUAAAGGUUAGAAGAUAAGAGUAGCAAGCUGGUAUGUCACUGAUCUAGAAUAUGUACAGCGGUUUGUUCUAGGACACAAGUUAUUCGGAUUUAACUCAUUUGAGAGAAGAAGAUGAAGAAGAAAAACGUGCUUGAUUUAGGAUUUCUGGCAAAUAUUUGGGGGGUGAAGAAUUUAUCCUUGGCAUUUUCCCCUCUUCACAUUCUACUUUUGCUUCAUGAAGUGAAAGGGGACUUGAUUUCUCUGAAAUUAUUAUUAUUAUUAUGUAACAAAGAUACUGUAGUCCAGCAAGCAUGUGAUUUGUGUAUGUGUAUGUGUGUGUUUGUUUGUGAUGAGUGAGAUUGAUCUAUAAGAUCACAUCACAAAUUAAGAGAAUGGGUGUGUGGUGGUUGGAUUGGGAGAGAUGAGCACAAAGAGAAGGUCUUUGAGCUCUGCUUGUCGGGUUGAGUGGACCCUAGAAUUAGAUUCAGGAUCUAUUACUAGUGUGAUGUAUGAUAUGAUUAUGUUAAGCUUUUUGUUAGGGAAGUUAUGAUGAUUA